GUGUGCUCGUGGCGUUUUUCUCCCCCUGAUGCGACCGCAUUGCUACAAAGUUUACAGUCGCAACACUUGAAUUGUAGCGGCGCACUUUAGAAGUUUCCCCCGGUUUUAAGCAGCGACCAGGACGGCUUUUCGGUGCGUUGCAGCUCGGCUUCAUGGUCGAGAUAAAGCGGUGUUUGUGUGUUCACGGAGACGGGGAAGAGUCGCACACCCGCAUGCACACAUCUGCUGACGAUUUACUGCAAGAAGUGUGCGCGUCGCAGGCGGAGCAUGUGCGCUUUGUUGUUUUAGUUGUUAUACAUUGUAGCGCUGCGGCGGCGAGCUUUGUCUUUUCCUGCAGAAACAUGCGUCCGCGUGGUGGACGUGUGAUCCGCCCCUAGUUUAGUUUCCCAGUGUCGUGAACGCCUCAAACUUAACACCGCAGUCGGCUCUGAAGCAACAUGCCAAUUAGGCGUUUUGGGGGGUUCAAGUCUCUGGUGUCUCACUCUCACUCUGCUCCAAAGCUGUCCUACGGUUUACAGAAAAUGAAUGUCUCAAAAAGUGGCUACCGUGUUUUUUCUGCCAACUCCACCACCGCCUGCACCGAGCUGGCCAAGAAGAUCACAGAACGCUUGGGUGUGGAGCUGGGCAAGUCGUCGGUUUAUCAAGAGCCAAAUAGAGAGACUAGAGUGGACGUGAAAGAGUCCGUCCGUGGACAAGACAUCUUCAUCAUUCAGACCAUUCCCAGCGAUGUCAACACGGCCAUCAUGGAGCUGCUGGUUAUGGCCUAUGCCCUGAGGACAUCCUGUGCCAAGAACAUAAUCGGAGUCAUUCCCUACUUCCCUUACAGCAAGCAGUGCAAGAUGAGAAAGAGAGGAUCCAUUGUCUGCAAGCUGCUAGCAUCCAUGUUAGCUAAAGCUGGGCUAACGCACAUCAUCACCAUGGACCUCCACCAGAAAGAAAUCCAGGGCUUCUUCAGCUUCCCUGUAGACAACCUGAGAGCGUCCCCCUUUCUCAUCCAGUACAUCCAGGAAGAGAUCCCAGACUACAGGAAUGCCAUAAUUGUGGCAAAGUCCCCUUCAGCUGCCAAGAGAGCCCAGUCCUACGCUGAGAGGCUGCGACUCGGGCUGGCAGUGAUGCACGGGGAGGCCCAUCAUUCAGAGCUGGACAUGGUUGAUGGACGACACUCUCCCCCCUUCUCUCCCCCCUCGUCCCGCACCAGCCAAGGACACACUGGCCUGGAGCUGCCAUUGAUGAUGGCGAAGGAGAAGCCACCAAUCACAGUCGUUGGAGAUGUAGGAGGCCGAAUCGCCAUCAUUGUUGAUGACAUCAUAGAUGACGUGGAGGACUUUGUUGCAGCAGCAGAAAUCCUGAAGGAGAGGGGAGCCUACAAGAUCUACAUCAUGGCUACACACGGCCUGCUGUCUGCCGAUGCACCAAGAAUAAUAGAGGAGUCUGCCAUCGAUGAGGUGGUGGUGACCAACACUGUGCCUCAUGAGGUGCAGAAGCUUCAGUGUCCAAAAAUCAAAACCGUGGACGUCAGUAUGAUCCUGGCCGAGGCCAUCCGGCGAACCCACAACGGAGAGUCCAUGGCCUAUCUGUUCCGCAACAUCACUGUCGACGACUGAGGCAACACACACACUCUCUCACACUCACAUUCCAGCACACACACACUGAUGACCAAGAAUCAAGAACCUAUCGGCCCUGUUUGUUUUGCUGAUAAACAUGUCCAGAGAUUGGCUUUAUUCCCUGCAUGUGACAUAUGAAGCAACUCAGAUUCUGCUUUAUUCCUCUGACGUUACACAGUGGGACUGUACAAAUUAUACAAACUGUUUCACUUCACUAAUACUGUAUAUGCUUCCUACCGUCUGAAAACAUAAAUGGCACAACACAAUGUAUCAUGUGCAGCCUCUCUGUACGCUGCGAAAUUUGGCAAAUAAAAUAAUUCAUCUUGGGUGAGUAAAUUGCUGU